UAAAAGCUGCUGCGUUCACAGCCUCAACUCAGAGAGCUACUCCAGCUCUCCUCACUUUGGUGUGUGUGUUCCUGUUGGAAAGCGGAGCCAGGCUGUUGCCAAGAGCAGGGGACCCAGCCACUGUACAGCGAGUAUCCCAUCAUCAUCAUCAUAAUCAUCUCCUGCCAAGACCUUCACUCUGCACAAUGGCUGAUGAAGCAGAGCAAGCAUUGGAACUGACAGGGGCUAUUGCAGGUGUUGCACAGGCUAUGGAAGUGUUUAAAAAUUUGGAGAAGUUUGCUUCUGCAGCUGGAGUGAUAGGGCCCAUUAUUGGGUUAGCUGGAGUGGUGCUAAAGUUAGUAGUGGGUAAUAACGAUAGUCCCGAGCUGGCGUACAUGAAGGAACAGUUCUCAGAAGUCAAGAACAAGUUGGAUGUGAUUUCAGAUGAGCUUGGGGAGGUUCUGAGGGCAAUAGAGCAGAGUACGAUUAACAAUCAAUAUUUCACAGUUGAAGAGAAUCUGAAAAACCAGUUCAGAAAGUACAUGGAAAUAACCAAAGCUCAACCAGAGUACAGGGAGAAAGAGAAAGCUGAGUUUCUGGCACACUUUACAAAUAGUAAAGGAGAUCAGAAUCUCCACACUCUCUAUGACGGCAUUAUGGAUAAAUCAGCUGUCUUCUCAGACCCCAUUCUGGAGACCACCAUGAAAUAUGAUCAGAGAAGCCGGCGCCUAAUGGAAAGCAUGUGUGCCCGUCUGAAAGAGCUCUUGUGUAUUGGCCUGAUUGCUCUCAUUGGUCAAACUGCCAUCACCGGGAAUGAUGAAGCUGCCAUAAAGAAUGAGUGGGAAAAGAAAAUGAAUGAUAUUGAAGGAAAGAUGAAAUCUAUGAUUGACAAGUGCAUCAAUGAGUUUGAUGACCAGGCAAAGAUAGAUGUUGAGAAAAUGAUAAAAAGAGAGGAUACCCACGAUCACCAGAAGCUGGCAGGCAAAUUAUGCGAUGCUUUGAAAAAGAAAUAUGAUUGGAUUUAUUGGUCCGUUCGAAUCUAUGAUGAUGUUGGAGGGUAUGACAAUCACUGUGUUACUGGCCCAAAUUAUUUUCACUUUUUCAGAUUGAAUGGUGUGAAUUGUGUUAUCUCAUAUGCUAAAAAUAAAACCCCUCUCGAUAGAGGAAAAAUCCAGAAUUCCAUGAAAGGAUGGGAGCAUAGGAAUCAUGCGAGGGAGGUAGCUGAACACAUAAAGGAGAAGCUGGGGGGUCCCUUCGUUGUCCAUACAGUCAGACGGUUAAAGGGGUUGUGGUACAAUGGUAAUUUUCCUAGUGAUUGUCACUUCUGGGAAAACUACAGUGGGGUCACUCUGUGUGUGCACAGCAUCUAAACCUCACAGAGGAAUGCUACUCAUUAAAGCUUUGCCAGGUGUGGGUUAAGCAGUUUCCAGGGUGCUGUCACUGCAGAGAACAUUUAAGAUUGAAUUCAGAUCCUGCGGGAAGUAUUUGGUGUUGGAUUUCUAAAUUGGGAAGGACUUAUAAAAAUUUCUUUCAUGGGAAUGUAGCACCGUUUGCUAGUCCAGAUUUUAUUGCCGAUCGCAAAUUGACCCUUGAGAAGGUGGGGGUGAGCUGCCUUCUUGAACCGCUGCAGUCCAUGUGGUGUAGGUACACCUACAGUGCUGUUAGGGAGGGAGGGUUCCAGGAUUUUGACCCAGCGACAGUGAAGGAACAGC